GACAUGCUGGAAGAAGGCAUUGGAGUAAUGGCCUCGGUUUGGAUGGGAAAUCCACACCACUCACCCCCUGUCUUGCAGCUGUUCUUUGCAGAUGACUUUGCAGAUGUGAACGGGAGGAAGCGUCCAAAGCUGGCGCGACUUCUACGCUGUCUGUCUCCGAUCUGGGAACCCACGCCCCACGCCCCAGAGAAAAAAGAUCAUGCCGUAGGUGGUGAAGAAGGAAGGGCCAUGAUGGAUGCUGAGGUGAAAUUGCAGCCCGGCAGCCUGCAGUGUGAUGCCUUCCUUCGGGAUGCUUGUGGUGAGUGCGCAGGACACCUCGAAGGCACAGAGUUGCUGUGGCUGGUGGAACCGGGUGGCAAGCACAACGAACGUGACUGGGGGCGACGUCUGCCCUGUGCCCUGCGUUGGCUGCUGGCCCCAGAGGUGCCUGAGGCGGCGGAAGUGUUUUGGACCAGGCCGUCUCCUGUGCCGUCCGGCGGAGCGUUUGAGCUCCUGGUGCACAAGGAGAUGCUGUCGCUGCCCGUGAGGGAAAGAUAUCAGGUUCACCUGGGCUUUGAUAAUUGGUCUUCUGGGAUCCAAUGCUGCAAUCUUCUGCCAUCCGGCCUGGCCAAAGAGGAGAAUGGCAGUGCCAUACUGGCAGCCUUGGCAUAUGCGCCGCCGGGUUCAGCUUCCAUGCACUUCGCGUUGACCAAUGGGGUAGAGUGGGACAACAACCAAGAGAAAAACUAUGAACUUCCGGUGAGGUGA